AUGGGACACUGGUGCGCACCAGAAGAGUCCUUGUCAGAAAGGGAAGACAGUGAGGUCCAUGAUGCAGAAGAAGCCCUCAGAGGAAGCCCUCCCUCUGGCCUCCAUUGGAUGCUUGGGGUCCAGCUUAGUGGCAUUGAGCACUGGUGGGAAAAGGCACUAAAAGGGAAAAAGAGGCAGGAGAAAGGAAGCAGGGCACCUCCAAAGUUCAGCAUGGUCCACAUGAGCUAUGUCCAAGAUUCUGCUGAAGGGAUCUUUCAAGAGCCUCAAAAGCGGGACUAUUUCAUGAGCCAAUUCGUAGUGACAAGCCCUGUCCCUGCAAGUGAGAAGGGGAGUGCUUCCCAGUCAAGCUCCAUGUGUCAAGCCAAAUACCAGAGUCUCACGUCUCUUGGAGUUUAUGGGCCAAUCUCUCCCAAGACGUGUGAGCUUGUUGUGCCGCCGCCAGUGGACUUGCCAGCGGCCGAGCAGCUCAGAGUGACAGCGACUCAGCGUCUGGAAGCCCCACUGGGCUGUGAAAUGAACAAGGCUCUCGGUGCCCCUGAUGCGGCCCGGGCGAGCCCUGGGGCUCCAGAAGCGAGCAUCUCCCAGCUCCUAAAGAGCAGACAUAUAUCCUGCCUUUAAGACAAGACUACAAUUGCAAAUCUGAGAAUAUAAAUUACACUUUCAUCUUU